AGAGACGCAAUACAAGGGCGCUUUUUAUUUUUUGCCGGAAGUCCGAUUUUUUAAAUCUCUAUGGUAAAACAACAACAACCGGGAACGGUUGUCGCAUAAUAAUUGCGCCAUUUCCUUUACACAUUUGCGCGGCCGGUAGCGCAUCGCUAGCGAGCAACAUGCCCAAGUGAGUAAACUGGAGAGCCUUCGUAUAAAAAGCUCUGGUGGGAACUGGGAAGGGUGAAAAGUGCGUACAGACUGAGUAGAACAAUGUUCUGUGGAAGGGGGUGGGGACAGGUGGCUUGUCCCAUAUAUUUACGUAUAUUUUUUGUGUACGUUCUCUGUGCUGGUUCCGGUUUGUACACAUGUCCGUAAUUCUUUUAAGUGGGCUUCCUAAUAGCUUCACUAAAGAGAAUUGUGGCUCUUAAUGCUUGGUCGGGCUUACUCACAAAUAUUCGUGAAUUCAAAUAACACACCCACACACCAUUUUUGUGUGCAUGCGUGCAGAGGCCUUAAGGCUGAGGUCCUCGCAAGAACAUAGAGAAAGUGCCUUAUAUCCGCUCAGAUCAUUGGUCCAUCUAGCUCAUUACUGCUGCCAGUGUACUGAGUGGUAGCCACUCUCCAUAUUUCAGAGGCUUUCCCAGCCCUACCAGGAGAUUAUGGGGAUCAAAACAGUAGAUACUACGCCUGAGCUGUGACCCUUCUUCUUACUUCCAACUAUGUCCCACUGAUCAUGAGAUUUGACUGCAUAUUUUGCUGACAACUUGUGCUGCCUCCUGGUAAACUGCCCUCUGGGAAGAACCCAUUUAGACUUCACACCAUGCCAGGGAAUAUUUGAGGCAUUGUGAAUAAUUAAAAUAUUUGGUGGCUCACAGACUUAACUGCCCUGUAUGCGGGGACAAGCUAUUCAUAGGAUCAUAUAAUUGUAGAGUUGGAAGGGACCCCUAGGGUUGUAUAGUCCUACCCCCUGCAAUAAAGGAAUAUUCAGCUGUCCCAUAAGGGGAUCAGACCUGUAACCUUGCAUUGUCAGCACCACACUCUAACCAACUGAACUAUCUAGGCUGAUACAGUUCUAACAUAUUCUGAUGUUAGCUGUGAUUGACACAUCACUGUUAACCAGUGCAUUUUGUUCUUCUGUCACUUAAGAAAGAAAAGAAUGAGCUGAAUACAGUAUUGCAUCAGUGGACUUUUGCUUUUACAAGAGGACAGCCUCUGCUACCCUAGCACACAUCCAAAAUCUAGUCCUCCAAGCCUCUGGAGCAGAUUUUGAGGAUGCUGUAGGGGGGAAGAAUUAUUACAGUGGGACCUCGGGUUACAGACGCUUCAGGUUAUAGACUCCGCUAACCCAGAAAUAGUACCUCAGGUUAAGAACUUUGCUUCAGGAUGAGAACAGAAAUCACGCAGCGCAGCGGCAGUGGGAGGCCCCAUUAGCUAAAGUGGUACCUCAGUUUCGGGUUGAGAACAGACCUCCAGAACGAAUUAAGUUCUUAACCCGAGGUACCACUGUAUCAAUGAGAGUGACUAGAUAGAAUCUAUCUUUGCACAUAGAUAAAGAUAAGUAAAUCUGAAGGAUGCCAUUGCAUAAAACAGGUGAAUGGUUUUUUGAGGAAAAUAUAGUGAAAUAGCUUCUUGUAAAAGCAACAAAACUAAAUUACUAGUCUUAACUAAAAAGCAUAUUAAACUUUUGAAAACACUAAUAUUUUAAGAAGCAAACAAUCAUUACCCUACUUCCAGUGCAUAUUUGUCUCUCGUUCCAGGUUUUAUUGUGAUUACUGUGAUACUUACCUCACCCAUGACUCUGUAAGUAGGACAUUUCACAAUGUUACAGUAUGAAAGUUAAAACAGUUCUUCAGAGGAUUACUUCUGAAUACAUUUCCUAAAUAAAAUCUAAUACGCAAGCCUAUCACUUUCAUCUAGAUAGAUAGAAUGUCAUUCUAAAAACACCUUCAGUGUGAAAUUGUGUGGUGAACUUCAAUAGUUUUCUAUGCCAUGCUGCAAAUAUUUAUAGUCAUGAUUAAUUUCAUUAUAAUUUAUAUACAUGAUUAAUUAUUAAAUGAAUGAGACAGGUCAGGGUAGAAGUUAAAUAUGCCUGAGCUCAAUAUGGAUGUGAGUUGAAGACUACUGGUUGGCUGCAGGAUGGUUGCUUGGGUAAAUAUUUAGUGACCAACCAUGACCUUAAUAAAAUCACUAUGCUGACUGUUCAUUGUUAUCCUGAGGUAGGUAAAAGCGGGUGGUGCUGCUUAAAGUUGGUGGUUCAAAUCAGUGCGAUGGGGUGAGCUCCCGUUGCUCUGUCCCAGCUUUUGCCAACAUAGCAGUUUGAAAGCACACCAGUGCAAGUAAAUAAAUAGGUACGACUGCAGCAGGAAGGUAAAUGGCAUUUCAGUGAGCUCUGGUUUCCAUCACAGUGUUCUGUUGUACCAGAAGCAGUUUAGUAAUGCUCACCACAUGACCUGGAAAGUUGUCUGCGGACAAGCACUGACUCCCUUGGCCUGAAAGCAAGAUGAGCACUGCAACCCCAUAGUCACCUUUGACUGGACUUAACCAUCCAGGGGUCCUUUACCUUUACUUGUUGUCCUGACAAUUUUCUUUCUAAAGAGAAAUGUCAAUUUUACUUUAUGUCAUCACAAAUACUGAAAGAUGAUGACUCAGUGAGCAAACUCACUAGAUUCUCAGGUCUACUCAGUAGUUUACUAGUUUGAGAUAAAAUCACAAUUACUGUAUUGGAGACUACAUGUAAAGGUUCUCUUCCUAUAUUGGUACAGGAAGGUGAAAUUUAUCAAUAUUUUAGACACAUGGGGAUGUUUGGUGCUUGGAGAGCAAAAGUUUUAUGUCUUGCAGCCAUCUGUGAGGAAAACCCAUUGCAGUGGUAGGAAACAUAAAGAAAAUGUGAAAGACUACUAUCAAAAAUGGAUGGAAGAACAAGCACAGAGCCUGAUUGACAAAACAAGUAAGUCAUAUCAAUGCAAUGGCUGUUUCACAUAUUUGUUUAUUUGAUUGAAGUUUACACUUACCUAGAGAAUUAGUUCAAUCCUUUUUCCACAACAUGUUUCCAGUUGAAGCUCUGCCUCCUUCAGCUCCUUUAUUGGAAAGUUGCAGAACUGCUGGACUUAAAGGCUGUGUCAUGUAAUAAUGAAUGCAGACGUUUAUAAGAACUCCCUGUUGAAGAAUUGUGGAAUUUGUGUCCUAUGUUACCACAUUCAAGCCCUUAACAACAACAAAAAAUUAUAACCUAUUAUUCAGUUGUUUUCUUGUUGAGCUGAAGGGACCAUAUUUGGUGGUGUUUCUCUUAAAAUAUUGGGGAAAUGGUUCCUUUAAGUAUCUUUGUCCAGCACAUUGACAAACAUUUCUACGGGAGACUCUUAGGAGUGCCAUAUGCUCUUGUUUUUAAUCUUGUGUCCACUAAGGGCCUUUGCCCUUUGGAAUGUGCUUCCAACAAACACCAGGCAGGCUUUCAGUAUUGAUAUUUUGGUGCUUGCUUAAAACUCAUCUGUUUGUCCAGGCUUUCCCUGAGGGAAGAUCAAGCUUGCUUGAUGUAUUGAGCAGAUCUAUUGUUUUGUGGUAUCCUUUCUACUUUUUCUUUGUAAACUUAGUUUUAUUGUUAGUUUCAUGCUCUUCACCACUGAUACUUUUUUUAAAUCUUGGUUUGGUGGUUUGAAAAUGUUUUCAACUUUAAAUAAAUAAAUGUGGAUGUUUUAUGGAGCAAUCCUAUGCACAUUUACUCAGAUGUAAGUCAUAUUGAGUUCUGUAGGUCUUACCCUAAGGUAAAUGGUGAUAGGAAUAUAGCCCCAGUUUAGAACCUAGUUUUGAAACUUUUGAAAGCACUUCAGUUUCAUCUGCACAUCUUAAUGGCCUUACUGUAGGAUCCUAUGCAUGCUUACUUUAAUGUCCCAAUGUGCUCACUGAGGUUUACUUGGGUCAGUGUGUUUAAAAUAGCAAAUUUACCUGGAAUUAAGUUCAGUUGAACUCAGUGGGUUUUACUUCUGAGGAGACAUGCGUGGUAAUUUACUGUAAAUGUUUCCAAGUUCCUUACAUUAGUCACGUUUUAACAGUAAAUGUGUUUGUCAAUGUUCUCUCGCUCUUAUAAUUAUUUGAAAAUAUGGUUUAGUGAAAUGGAUUAAGCUUUCCUGCUUGUGGGGUUAGAUAAAUUGGCUGGAAGGAAUAAAUCCAGGCAGCUGCAGAAAUGAAGAGAUUGCAUGACUAGAGAACUUGAGGCAGUUCCACAUGGAAAGUAUGCAUUUGGUCACUAAAAAGAAUCAGAAAUGUAUAGGAAAACUUCAGUAACUAAUUAUGUUCGGCUUUUAUUUAUUUGCAUUAAUGUAGCGGCUGCAUUUCAGCAAGGCAAAAUUCCACCUACUCCAUUCUCUGCGCCACCUCCAGGAGGAGCUAUGAUACCACCACCACCUAAUAUCCGUAAGUAUGAAUAUUGAUGUUUUAUCUCUGGCUAGCAUGGCAAAACUUUGGUAUGUGUUACAGGGAAAACUUUAGGUGGUUAUUUGGGUAGUACAGUUGUACCUCCGCUUAUGUAUCCCUCCGCUUACACAAACUUCGGGAUACGUAAGUGGCAAACCCGGAAGUAUAUUUCUGGGGUUUUGCCACACGACAGUGCGCAGAAGCAGUCCCUCUGGUUGCAGAAACCUCGGGAUCCAACUGGAGCUCUGGAAUGGAUCCAGUCCACAACAAGAGGUACCACUGUACUUUAAAAAGAAUACAGUGGUACCUCGGGUUACAGACGCUUCAGGUUACAGACGCUUCAGGUUACAGAAGCUUCAGGUUACAGACUCCACUAACCCAGAAAUAGUACCUCAGGUUAAGAACUUUGCUUCAGAAUGAGAACAGAAAUUGCACGGGCACGGCGGCAGCAGGAGUCCCCAUUAGCUAAAGUCGUACCUCAGGUUAAGAACAUUUCAGGAUAAUUAAUAAUAAUAAUAAUAAUAAUAAUUUAUUAUUUAUACCCCGCCCAUCUGGCUGGGUUUCCCCAGACACUCUGGGCAGCUUCCAACAAAACACUAAAAUACAAUAACCUAUUAAGCAUAGUUUAAUAGUUAAGAACGGACCUCCAGAAUGAAUUAUGUUCUUAACCUGAUGUACUACUGUAGUAGCCAUUUAUUAAUUACGAAUAACAUUGCAAUCUUACCCUGCUAGGAGUGAUCGCCGAAGAAGAAGAAGAGCUAUGGAUGAUGAACAGCUGAUGUUCAUUACAAUAUUACCUAUUCACCAUUACAACAACUGGUUGUAAUGGUGAAUAGAUAAGAUAUUUCACCAACUCCUACCUUCUUACGGUGAAGAACUAACAGACAGUUGGGAUGCAAAAAGAUUGUUGGCAAUCUUCAAAAACAUCGUGUUUCUGAGAUGUUAGGUUGGUGUGCAAACUUAUUUUGACAUUUGUCCAUUGUUUUCAUACUUGAGCGGGUCCUCCACGGCCUGGUAUGAUGCCAGCACCCCACAUGGGUGGCCCUCCAAUGAUGCCAAUGAUGGGCCCACCACCCCCAGGAAUGAUGCCAGUUGGCCCUGGUAAGUUCUGGAUGACAUAAAUAUUUGCCCUUUUGCUUUAAUUCCUUAUAUUCUGAAGAUACAUUUGUAUGUGCAUGUGCAUAGGUCCUUAACUAGAGCUUGAGCUCCUAUAUGUUGUGAGUUUCCCUAAAACCUUCAUUGUCUAGGAAGUUCUCCCAUCUCUCUAGUGUCUGGGUUAACCCAGUUUUCUCCCCUUGGGAUAAACCUCUUGCUGGAUUAUAAUCAACAUUCAUUUAAAAUUUGGUCUUGCCUGUUUCAUAGGAAUCUUGGGAGCUGCCAUCCUUAAGAUCUCAUGUUUCUAUGUAUAGAUAAAGAUCUGAAAAAUAUAUAUUAAUAUUUACUGAUUAAAGUGGUAGCUGAGAUGUUUCUCUGUAUAAUUCUUAAACUUAUUUCUGUCACAUUUUUUUAUUUUUCUUUACUUUUAAAAUACAUUUAUACUUUAGCAUAUUUAACCUUGUUACGAUUUAUUAAAAUAUUUUAUAUUAUUUUCAUUGGCUUUUUAUAUAAUUUUACAAAACUAAAAAUGAAAACAAUAAGUAAAGCAUAAUAACAGAGAAGAGACAUUCCAUAUUCUUCUUCCUCCCACCUCCCUAACCCUCAAUGGUACAGUUAGAUUACAAGUUUGUUAAGAAUUCUAACGCUUGUUGGUUUUGUUUCAUUGUGCAAUUUGGAGUGAUCAAAAGGUGCCAGGAAUUAUUCUGUAGUGCUGUUGCAUAGACUGUUAUGCAUUUAAAAGAUCAUACUAUACAUCUGGAGUGAAUAAAACCUUAUCUUAAAAAGCAUUUCACUGAUUCCAAAAGAAAGCUUUUUUCAGUGUCACCAAAAUUCCCAACCUUUCCUCUAGGAAAAUUAUGGUUUAGCCAUGAUGAAUACACUUCGGGCUCAGUCUCUUCUCCAGUCUCGUGCAAGAUUCCAUUUUCCUUUCUUGAUUUUCUUAUGCCAUAGCCUGCUGUGAAGUCCACACUUAGCCAACUAAAAAUUGCCUUCAAUCCAUGGCUUGAAGUGGGUUUGCAAACUGUGAUUCAGAAGUUGUCCUAGUUAGCAUUAACCAUUCUUUGUCUGAUUCAGAUGUCACAUCAUCCCAUGGUUAAGCAAACAAGGGACGGAGGUGCUCUCAAUCCCCAAAUCAUGGUUUGACCACAACACCUAAAACAGGCAAUUGUUCAUCAAGCAGUGCUGGAACAAUAUUACUAAUACCCUUUGCCACCAUUAAAAGUGUGUAAAACAGGAAGCACUCUUAGCAGUAAGCAAAGUGUUGGGCAUGCUCUUUACCGUGUGACCAUUAGGUAAAGGUAAAGGGACCCCUGACCAUUAGUUCCAGUCGUGGCCGACUCUGGGGUUGUGGCGCUCAUCUCGCUUUAUUGGCCAAGGGAGCCGGCGUACAGCUUCCGGGUCAUGUGGCCAGCAUGACUAAGCCGCUUCUGGCAAGCCAGAGCAGCGCACGGAAACGCCGUUUAACUUCCUGCUGGAGCGGUACCUAUUUAUCUACUUGCACUUUGACGUGCUUUCGAACUGCUAGGUUGGCAGGAGCAGGGACCGAGCAAUGGGAGCUCACCCCGUCAUGGGGAUUCGAACUGUCGACCUUCUGCUCGGCAAGUCCUAGGCUCUGUGGUUUAACCCACAGCGCCACCCGCGUCCCCUGUGUGACCAUUAAGUACGCCCAAAUAAUUUAGUCUGUGUUAAGUGAGUCUCCUAAAUGUCUUCCAUAUGAAAUACCAAAUAUAUAAUGCAGUACAAAACAGCAAUGUAUGAUACCUUGAAAGACCUGGUUGUGUAAGUAUGCUGUAUAAGUUCUUGCCCAAUUCUGGAACUUUGAAGGCAUUAUCAGUGUUUGUGGGCACUAUCGGCAUUUGGAAGCUAUCUAAUCUAGCAUUUGUUUUUGAAGUAUAUACUAUCAUAGCACUAUCAUAGACAGGUAAAACAAUGGAACUGGAUAUCAACUUUCUUUCCAGGAAACUUCAUUUCAUGGAACAGGACUUUCCUGUACCACUUGAAAUAUGCUCCUGGAAGAUGGGAGGCCUUUGGGAAUGGUAUGGGGGAUUGGUAUACAGAAUGGAAGCAAGUCAUCCUCCUGUGUAAAUGGAAGAACAAUUUAGUAUCUAAACCAAUGUGAUCUGCAGUGAAGAAAUGACAAAACAUUUCCAAAGAACCACUAGUCUAGGAAAGUUUUCUCUUUCCAUACUGAAAACGUGGAAGCUUCUUCCUAGAAAUCUAGGUGGUCUUUUCAGGACACUUUUAAUAGACAUUGUGGUGCCUUUGACUAGAAAUUGGUUAGUACAUUUCUUAUGCUUUAAAUUUACUUUGCUGUAGCUCCAGGAAUGAGGCCGCCCAUGGGAGGACAUAUGCCAAUGAUGCCAGGGCCACCUAUGAUGAGACCUCCAUCCAGACCCAUGAUGGUGCCAACCAGACCAGGAAUGGCUCGUCCAGACAGAUAAAGUGGAAGUGGACUGACCAUUCUGCCUGUGUUUUAUGUACACCUAUCUGUGAACAAAAGCCCUGGGAGUUCCAUUGUCCCAAGCAGCAACAAACCACCUGGUUUUUCAGUUUCCAAACUUAAAUGGGUGAAGGAGGGAGGGGAGAAACAGAAGACUGGACUAGAGGUUUGUAACAUUUAUCAGACACAUGUCCUUGUUCAUUAUUGGAAUAAACCUUUGAUACUUGUUA